UCCACAACCAGCUAGUUAGCUUUCUAGCUAAAGCAUACGGAACCCGAAAACCAAGGCGAACAACGCAUUUUCUUUAAUUUGUAAGCGUUUACUGAUACAACAAACUCCAUCAAUAAUCAGCGUUUGUUUACGGUUUGUAACGCGCGUGAAAUCGUACCUCUCUAUCGAGGGUAGCGUAGCAUUACCUUGUAUUUUUCACUGCACCGGUUUUAUGUGAGCACAAAGGCCCACACAGCCUGCUGCUUCCAAGCAUGUAUCCUUGGGGUACUAACUACGGUGGUGGUGGCCAUCAACCACCUUCGCAGCAGAACUUUGGUGCGCCUUCUCCUCAAGGCUAUGGAGCCGCUACGCCCGCAGCUGCACCCGGGUCAACUUUCAACAGCCUGCGGGAGCAGCAUCUCCAGCAGAUGCAGCAACUCCAACAGCUCCACCAAAAACAGCUCCAAUCUGUGCUGCACCACGACAGGAAUGUAGAUGCAAACCCCUAUGGCGGCGGCGGUACUGCGGCCGAGUCGUGGCAAGGCAGUUCGGGAUAUGGGUAUGGUUCAACGGGGCCCGGUGCCCCUUCCCCGUAUCAGACCAUGCAAGCCGGUCCGCCCGGCCCACAGCAACAACAGCUGCCGCCGCUACCACCACAGUCCCCGCAGUCCAAGGAGGCCCAGCCUCCCCUACCGGAUUCGACUCUUCCGGUGCCCACUCAGAACAAUGGUACUCCAGCAACUAAAGAGGUAAACAAGACAGAAUCUUUGGCUCCGAAAGACCAGGCACAUUCCUCUGUGUCGGAGGAGGAAAAGCCCGAUUUUACGUCAAUGUCGUUACAGGAACAGCAGCAGUACUGGUACAAGCAGCAUCUCCAGAACCUGCAGAGGCUGAAAGCAGAGAAGGCCAAACAGGGCCAGGGUGAUGGCCCAACACCCCCACCUCCCAAAUCCCAGCCCCACUCGGCAGCCGCCCCUCCCCCUCCAUCGGAACCCCCUAAGAGCGCCCCUCCACCGCCCCCACCCAAAGAGGAGCCACCUCCACCACCUCCACCUGAGGACAAAACGCCUGCGCCCCCAGCCCAGGACCCAGCAGAGGCGGCCCGGCUGCAGCAGCUCCAGAGUGCAGCAGCUCAGUGGCAGCAGGCCCAGCAACAGAGAGCAGGCUACCAGUACCAAGCCCUGAUGCAGCAUCAUGCUCAGCUACAGACCAUCCUCAACCAGUACCAGCAGUGUAUCCAACAACCUGCACAUCUAGAGACGAUGGCUAUAGGCAUGCAGCUGAGUCACUAUGAGAAGCAGCAGCAGCAGUUCGGCCCGGUGUUUGCCGACUGGGGCCGGACCUUCAGCCUGUGGCAAGAGCAGUUCCAGUCCUAUCCUCAUAAGGACCAGCUGCAGGACUACGAGUUACAGUGGAAACAGUGGCAGGAACAGAUGAACUCCACCUCGGCACACCUACAGGAGAAGGUCGCCGCCCUGCGAGCCAUGCAGCACCAGUAUGGAGGCAGCAGCAACGGCGGGCAGUAUGGCGCUGACCAGUACAGUAGUAGGGUCCAGUAUGGUAGUGUAGGGUACGGGAACCAGUCCAGCCAAUAUGAUCAGUACCCCCACUCUGGCCCGGACUCACAGACGCAACAAGGUCACAUGGUGGGCCCGUCCCAGCCAGGUAGCCAGCCCUCGUCCACCUCUGGACCCAUGUCCCAGGGCCCUCGACCAGGGCAGCACGGCCCCUCCAACGCCCAACGCAUGGGAACCCCCACAGGAGAACCACACCAAGGGCCUCAGGCAGCGCAGUACAACCUGUCUGGACCUCCAGGUAGAGGGGCAGGGCCAGGAGGGAGAGGGCUGGCCAGACCACCAGGUGCACCACCUGGACAGCCUCCACCUGGUGCACCACCAGGACGGCCUCCACCUUACCAAAGCCCCAGAGGAUCAAGGUUUGAUGGUCUGAGAGGGAACGGCCCACGGUUUGACCAGCAGCAGCAAUCCGGUCAACAGCAGAGGUUUAAUGCUCCAUCUGGCCCCAGGUUCGACCAGCCAGGCCCCAGAGGACCAGGGUCCCGCUUCGACCAGCCCCCGAGACAGAGCCCCCCAGCCCGCUUCGAAAGACCCCCUGGUCCCUCAAGACCCCAGAUAGGCCCACAGCCUAAACCGGACCCUGGCAAAGACACCAAACCACCGCAGGGUCAGACUGAGAUGCUAGCGGGCUCAAAGCCUCCUGGUAAUAAACCUACCGGGACAGCGAAACCAGGAGCAGAACCGGAGGAUAUGUCAGAGGACAUGUUGGGCUCACUGGACGGCUUCUUUGUCCAAAACGACCCCAUCCCUCAGACGAAGGCGGAGGCUGACGCUGCUGCUGCUAGUAAGGGAUCCACCGCCAACAGGGAGAAGGGGAGCCCUACAGGUCCUGCCGGUGCCAAGCCCCAGGUGUUCACCGCCGCCUCUGUGUCCCCGAAAACCGCUUCCCCCGCUUUCAAACCAGGUGGACCGGACGGGCCGUUGAAGAAUAACGUCAAUGACAACAACGGGCCUCCGGGACCACCGGGGCUGAUGCCCCACGGACCGGAGCCUUCGAAGACUGACCCAAUGACCAACCAACCUCCUGGUCCUCCGGGGCCCAUGGGGCGUGGUAGAGGGGGACAUGGCCAGCCACUAGGGCCUGUCAGAGGGAGGGGUGGUGGAGGAAGAGGGGAGAUGGACGGAGGAAUGAGGGGAGGUAGAGGAAGAGGGGAGAUGGACGGAGGAAUGAGGGGAGGGGAGAUGGACGGAGGAAUGAGGGGAGGUAGAGGAAGAGGGGAGAUGGACGGAGGAAUGCGGGGGCGAGGAGGAAGAGGUGGUCUGAGGGGACGUGGAGGAAAACAGCCCGGGAUCCCAGACUUCAGUCCCAACACUAUCCCCCUGGGAGGUGGGAGGACGGAGGACGACAUGGAGGGGGUUCCUUAUGACUACAGACCUCCACAUGAAGAGAUGAGAUCACAACAUGGACGACAGGAGGAAGACUGGCAGGAGUGGCAACAGGAUCCUCCACUGGAGAAACCUGGAGGGCCUCCCCUGCCUGAAGAGGAGAUCUGGGUCCCUGAAGAGCACCACUACCCUCCAGAGGACUACUACGAAGACCCAGGGAGAGGAGGUCCCCCUAUGGGGAGAGGAGAGCCUCUAGACGGGCACCACUGGGAGGAAGCAGACCCCCCACCUCCAGAGUACUGGGGAGAGGAAGGAGGAGAUCCAUACUGGAUGGACCGGAGGCCCCCUCCUCAUGGCAUAAGAGGAGGCCCCAGAGCCCCCUUCCCCCCUGGGCGUGGUCGCCCUCCACGCGGCCGACCCGGCUUCAUGUACCAGGGGGGUCCCAGACGCCCCCUUCCGCCUCCUCACGGAGCCAUGGACCCCCAUGACCCUCUAGGGUCCCCCAUGGAGCCUCACGAUGACAUGGACCCUCUGGGACCCCCCCUGCAUCGAGACUACAACCCCCGCGGGCCGCCCACGCACCACGAUAUAAUGGAGAGAGACAUAAGGGGGCGUCCGCCUCCACCUAGAGAGAUGAUGGACAGAGAUCUGAUGGGGCCUGGUGGUCAGCCUCCAUACCACGACAUGGAGAGGGGCCCUGGAUGGCCCCCGGUCCCAGGACAACCCCCCCACCACGGCAGAGAUGGGACAAGAGGUCCCCCUCUGCCUCCCAAUGAGAUUAUGAUGGAGCGGGGAGGGAUGAGGAGGCGUCCGAUGGGCAGGGGCCGGGGCAUGAUGCGGCAACCACCUCACCCACACGAGGAGAUGGAGGGGUACCCCCACGAUGGGUACGAGGGGGAGUUUGGUGGUCCUGGUGAUGACGGGUAUGGAAGACCGCUGCCACCACGUGACUGGCCGGACCGCCCCCCACAUGAGUAUGAGCGUGAGGAGGAUUAUUAUCCCCAUGAGCAGCCUCCUCGUGGUGGGGAGUGGGACAGGGAGAGAGGACCACUACCAGAGAGGGACUAUCCUCCCUACCCUCCCCGUGGCCCUCCUCCAGACCGCUUCAGAGAGGAUGAGUGGACCGCUGAAGGAGACAGAGACCGUCCUCCGUACCCCUACGAGGGAGACAGAGACCGUCCUCCGUACCCCUACGAGGGAGACAGAGACCGUCCUCCGUACCCCUACGAGGGAGACGAGCGCGGAAGAGGAGGCAAGCUCCAAAGUCUCGACUACCCAGGCGACCCUCCUUACAGGCACAAUGAACCCCCCUACCUGCCCCCUCCAGUGUGGGAGAGACCCAGACCACCCUUUCCGGAGAGAAACUACCCCCCAGACUUUGAGGACCGUAGGCCCCAUUAUGACGGGCAACCCGAGCCCCCUAGAUCAGAUCUAGGUAUCCCUCCACCCACACCUUCCCAGGCCCCUGGUCCUCCCAGUACUGCACCAGACAGUGUUCAGGAACCAGCCUCACAGGGAACUGGACCGGGUAUAUUGGCGCUGUCACAACGACAACACGAGAUCAUCCUGAAAGCUGCCCAUGAGCUGAAGCUCAUCAGGUCUGUUUCUCUGGUACUGAACAGAGAAAUGCAGGAGAGUAAGACCGAUGGAGAGGCCCUUCCAGUCACGUCUGAGCCCAAGCCGGAGCUCCCUGCUGGUCUGCUAGGGCUGGAGAUACCCCCUGAGGUCCGCAGUGCCCUGCAGGCGACCAACCUCAUGUCUAGCUCAACUGCUGCAAGAACAGUGACGUGGGGAGACCCCAAACCUCAAGAUACUGGCUACCUGUCCUCUGCUCCUCCAGUCCCCAACGCACCAGUCAUCCCUAAGACUGUCGACUAUGGACAUGGACACGAUCUGGGUGCUGCCACGGUGGAGCGGAUCUCUUACGGCGAGAGGAUUGUGUUGAGGCCCGAUCCCUUAGCUGACAGAGAGAGGAGCUAUGAAAAAGAACUGCUGGGACCCCUGAGAGAGAGAGACCCUUACCACAGAGACAUGUACUACGACAGACGACCGGUAGACCCCUACACGGAGCGCAGGGAGAUGUACAGAGAAAAAGCUCCCAUGGACUUUGAACGAGACCGAUUUGAGAGGGAACGCUAUCCGCCUCGAGAUGGCAGACCACCCCCCGGCCAUCCUCGCCCCGGCCCCCCACCACCUCGCCCGGGCUACAGGGAGAGGGAGGGCAGCCGGACCAGUAGAGACAGAGAGGAUCCUUAUGGAAGGCCUGGGGGUUAUGACAGACCUCCGUACGAGCGCGGACCUGAACGUUACGACCACGGUGCCUCACCAUACGGUGAACGGAGGAGUUACCCAGAGGACAGAGGAGGAGGAGGCCCCACGUCAUCCCACCCUCCUCCUCCCCCACCGACUGCUCCUCCUUCCAGGAUGGAGAAGAAACCGGAGACCAAGAACGUGGAGGACCUUCUCAAACUGCCAGGCCGAGACACUCGUCCAGAAAGGAUCGUCAUCAUAAUGAGAGGCCUACCAGGAAGUGGAAAAAGCCAUGUGGCCAAGCUGAUACGGGAUAAGGAGGUGGAGUGUGGAGGGGCUCCUCCCAGGGUGCUGGGAUUAGACGACUACUUCAUGACGGAGGUGGAGAAGGUGGAGAAGGACCCAGAAACUGGCAAACGGGUCAAACUCAAGUGUCUGGAAUACGAGUACGAAGCGGAGAUGGAAGAGACGUACAGGAACAGUAUGCUAAAAACCUUCAGGAAGACGCUAGACGACGGCUUCUUCCCCUUCAUCAUCAUCGACGCUAUUAACGACAGGGUUAAAUACUUCGAUCAGUUCUGGAGCGCUGCCAAGACUAAAGGCUUCGAGGUGUACUUGGCUGAAAUCACUGCAGACUAUCAGACUUGCGCUAAAAGAAAUGCCCACGGACGGAAGAUUAAGGACAUUCAAAAGAUGUCCAAUAACUGGGAGUCGUCUCCACGUCACAUGGUGCGCCUGGAUAUCCGCUCUUUGCUUCAGGAUGCUGCUAUUGAGGAGGUUGAGAUGGAAGACUUCAAUCCUGAUGACGAGCCGCUGAAGGAGCCCAAGAAGGAGGAGGAGGAGGAGGAGGAAGAGGAAGGUUACAUUCCACAAAGCAAAUGGGAGAUGGACACUUCUGAUGCGAAACUCGACAAGCUGGACGGCCUGGUGAUGGGGGGGAAGAGGAAGAGGGAGGGAGAUGACAUGGCAGGCAUGGAGGACUUCCUUCAGCUGCCAGACGACUACGCCACACGCCACUCUGAGCCCGGCAAGAAGAGGGUUCGCUGGGCUGACCUCGAAGAGCAGAAGGACGCCGAACGCAAGCGCGAUAUCGGCUUCGUGGUGGGUCAAACAGACUGGGAGAAAAUCACAGACCAGAGUGGACAGAUAGCUCAGAGAGCUCUCAAUCGCACAAAGUAUUUCUAAUAACAGAAGAUCACUGCCCUACCCCCUGCUUCUUGGUUUAUAGGUCUGCAGACUGAAUAUGCUUAACCCGUUUCUCGAAAACAAAGUCAUGAAGAAUACUCAUUCUACCUGUCGACAUUUAGGAAAGCCAUAGUUGUUUAUUCCAUUUUUAGAAUACAGAAUAGCUUUCUCUUGCGUUCAAUUAUUUUAUUACUGAUCUUCAUUUUGAAUGUUUUUUGUUUUUCUUCAUCCUUUCGAUGGUAAAUUCUUGCACCAGUUUAUCUUGAGCGAUGCUUCUCAUUUUAUACUGUAAUGUCUACCUGUAAUGUUAGCACUGUUGCUUAUUUUAUGAAAUAAACUGAAGAAACAAUAAAGGUUUCACACCAAAAACAA